UUCGCCUUCUCUCGUUCCAAUUUUUUAACUGCCUAAACCUAAAACUAGGGUUAGGGUUUCACUCUCUGUUCCUUCUUAAAUCCAUUCAUGGACCCGACCAAGAAGCGCAAGCUCGAUGAGAACGGUGUCGCAUUGGCCGAUACUGAUUCUGCCUACAUUCUAAACCCUCUGGAUUCUCGCAAAAUUGUCGAACGCCUAACAAAUGAUCAACUCCUAGAUAUUCUAUCCAACGCUGUCACUCGCCACCCCGAUGUCCUCGAAGCCGUCCGAUCUAUUGCAGAUGCGGACCCAACUCAGCGCAAGCUCUUCAUCCGUGGCCUCGGCUGGGACACCACCACUGAAGGCCUCCGUAACAUUUUCUCCGUCUAUGGUGAGCUUGAGGAAGCGGUGGUUAUCCUCGACAAAGCCACCGGAAAAUCGAAAGGCUAUGGCUUUAUUACGUUCAAACAUAUUGACGGUGCCAUGCUUGCUCUUAAAGAGCCCAGCAAGAAAAUUGACGGCCGCGUGACGGUUACGAAUCUUGCAGUUGCUGGAAAUUCAGCGAAUAGUACUAACAACCCCGUGGAUGUGUCGUUGAGGAAGAUAUUUGUCGGGAAUGUACCAAACGACAUGUCGGCUGACAAAUUGCUUGCACAUUUUGCUUGUUAUGGAGAGAUUGAAGAAGGUCCGUUGGGGUUUGAUAAGCAGACCGGUAAGCCAAAGGGCUUUGCUUUGUUUGUUUAUAAGACGGCGGAAGGGGCUCAAGCUGCGCUUGUAGAUCCUAUAAAGACCGUCGAGGGGAAACAAUUGAAUUGUAGAUUGGCUGAUAAUAAGAAGGCGAAGGGGCCUGAUGGGAUUCCGCCUGGUGGGCCCGGGAAUGUUAAUGUUAAUCAUGGCGAUGGGAUGGGAAUGGUUCCGCCACCGGCUGGAGGAUCCAUGCCGGGAUCCUAUGGUGGGCCAGGUGGACAUGGGUCUUACGGCCCGUUUUCAGGGGCGCCACCUUUGGGUCAUCAUGUGAACUCGUCUUUAGGGGGACCGGGACAGGUACCCUCCUCUUUGGGAGGUGUUGGUGCUGCUGGUUAUGGUGCUGGGUUGGGUGGGCCGUAUGGUGGUUAUGGUGGGCCAGGCUCUGCUGGUUAUGGAGGUUUGGGUGGUGCUGCUGGUAGUGGUGGAUUGGGGGGUGGUUCUUCCCUGUAUAGGUUGCCACCGAGUUCGGUUGGAAUGCCUUCUGGUGGGUAUUCUGAAGGUGGGCAUUACAACUUGUCAUCAACUUCGUCUGCUUAUCCUAGUCAGCAUCACCAGGCAACCGGGACAUCUCCUGUGCCUAGGGUUCCUCCUAUGUACCCGAAUGUUCCCCCGUAUUAUUGAGGUGUAUGACAGCUUGUUGGCGCAGAUGCUUUUUGUGGUUCUGGUGAUUGCGUAGUGCAGACUAUAUGAAUAUUUUACCUUUGCUUUUACGGCCACUUCUUCGCUUGAUGUCUUGAACUGCACCUUUAAGAUGUGGUUUAUCUCUGAGUGAUGGUUGUGAAAUGACUGAUUUAGACUAGUCUUUGUACUUUUCCUGGGAUCUAUUUGCUAUGUGGGCUUUCUAAGUGGCAACAUCAUUUUAAUGAGUACUGAGAUAAUAUAUUUCCAUUUCUUACACAAA